ACUAUCCAUUGUGUCAUGUGGUCUACUGCGGUGUGUCCAUGAUGCUAUCCUGCCUCUCUUCCUCGCUGUCGGUGUCCUUGCUGCUGUCGCUUGUCUGUCGGUGGUUGGCCAUGCGUGGGCGCUUGUUGCUCGGGCGGGGCAUCACCACCAAAGUGACAUACACAGACAGACGGACAGACAGACAGGGGUUAGCUUGUGUGGUGUCUUUCGCCUGUUGGUCGUCGAAAGAGUUUGAUGCCCUCAUCGAUUAAUGAGUCCUGGUCUUGCUGUGCAUCAUCUGAUGGGUGGCUGGUGCUGUGGGGCCCUGUGGCUGUUGCCGUUUCUCCGCCGACAGUGUCAGCCGGCUCUCCUCAGCAGCACUCAAUAUCACAACCUACACGAGCACACACGACACACAUCAGACACAUGCCUUUCGCCUCCCUCUGUCUGUCUGUCUGUCUGUCUGUCUGACUGUCUAUCAGUCUGUGUGUCUAUGUGUCUCGACCAGUCCGAGAGGCCGCGGCGUCCACCGUAUCUUCUCGAUCAGGUCGACGUAGAGCGCCGGCAGCUGUUUGUCUCGCCAGUCGCCGCCACCGGUGCACAUGCCGCCAUUUGUCUCGCCGUCCCUGCGGCCCAGCAGACGAACCGGCACUGAAGACGGCGACAAAAUGUCAUCCGUGACAGAGACACACAGAGAGACACACACGUGAAGAAAGAGAUGUCUCUGUCUGCCUCGUCUGUGUCUCUCCGUUCCUUCGCUCUGUCUGUCUGUCUGUCUGUCUGUCUGCCCUGUACCUGCACCACACAGUGCGUAGACGCACCUUGAAAUGCACCACAU